AUGAUUAACAAGCCUUUCUUUGACAUUGUGCUGGUGCUGUUGGCUUCUUCCUCUGUCUGCUCCCGAGAGCUGAAACUGGUUCUUUUCCAACAAAAGAGAGUGAACAGAGAGAGUUUAAAACUCUUGAAUAAAUUGCAGACCUCUUCAAUUCAGCAGUGUCUACCACACAGGAAAAACUUCCUGCUUCCCCAGAAGUAUAAUCCUCACCAGUACCAGAAAGGACAAGCACUGACCAUUCUUCAUGAGAUGCUUCAGCAGAUCUUCAACCUCUUCAGGGCAAUUAUUGCUCUGAAUGGUUGGGAGGAAAGCCACAUGGAGAAGCUCCUCAUUGAACUUCAUCAACAGCUGAAAUACCUAGAAGCGCUCAUGAGACGGCAAGCAGAGCAGAAAAGAGACACCUUGGGCAGUGAGAACCUUAGAUUACAGGUUAAAAUAUAUUUCCAAAGGAUACGUGAUUACCUGGAAAACCAGGACUAUAGCACCUGUACCUGGACCAUUGUCCAAGUAGAAAUCAACCGAUGUCUGUUCUUUGUGUCAAUCACAGGAAAGCUGAGCAAACAAGGAAUGGAAACUUGAACCAUGUGGAGGAAGAGCCAACGGCAGGCUUUAAAAGCAUAGGCACUUCCAGCAAUUGUUGAAUAAGUUCCAGAAGAAAUUUCUCUACAUGUAUCUAUUCCAAUCAGAAGGGAUGCUCUUGGAUGAAAUUAACACGAAGGAAGAACUUCUGGGAUGCAAGUUAGGGAAGAAAGACAUUGAGAAAAGGACUUCUGGUAAAGAAUUAGCCAAGAUCUCUUACCUGCAGGAAGUAUGAACCUACAACAAAACUCUACAAACUCAGAAGGAUCCUGCAGCAAUCCAAAAGACCAUUGUGAUGUUGCCAGACUAACCAGAUUUAAAAAAACUCAGAAGAUUAUGAACUUACUUGCAUCUCUAGCUUAUUUACAUCUGUAGCUUUCUUGCAAAUUUUUAAAAGACGUGUUUCAGUAUCAACAAGAAAAUGAGAAAGUAUCUUCACACUUUGUGAAACUGUACUUCACAGAGGAAGAUAUCCAAACCAUCGAUAAACUUGAAAAAAAGUGAUCAACAUCGUGACUGCUCAUGGGAGUGGUCUGAAACUGAACCUGCAAGAUCUCUGAGGCACGUUCCAGCAGACCCUCCCUGCUAUUUUCUGCCAAGAGUGUACCUAAGGAUUGGAAUAGAGACCCAUGAAGGAUUUCUCAGCUGAUGGAACAGCUAAAGGUAGAGAUGGAUUCCCUGGAAGUACCUCUUCACGGCCAGUGUAGGGCCCGUCACUCCCAGGGCAGUUUCUUCAUCUCCCAUCACCUGCACCAAGCAGGCGUCCAGGUCCUCCAGCUGCUGAUGGAGUCCAGUGCGGAGUUUGUCCAGGAGGGAGGUGUCCCAGGCGGCAGGGGAGCGCUCUGUGUGGAAGAGGCGGAAGACCUGCUGGAGCAUCUCGUGGAGGACAGAGGUGGCCUGGGCCUUCGGGAGCUGGCUGCCAUCCACCAUGUCCUGGGGGAAACCGAAGUCUUUUCUGUCCUUCAGACAGAAGCGAGGGGAGAUUCUCCGCAUCUGGCCCAGAAGCAUGAAGUUCUUCCUGCUAAUCCGCACGUGGUUCUGAGACAGGUCGCAGCCCAGAGAUCCACCAGGGCCAUAGCUGAACAUCACCAGGGCGGUCAGUAGAGAGAGCACGAAGGCCAUGGGGCAAAUGAGGCUGCUGCUGGCCUGGCUGAGACGGGUGUCUGGGGGAGCCUUGGGGGUAGGUUCUCUGAUGACAUUCUUUCUAAGUAUGGCUUUUAAAUAGGGAAGACAGUUUCCAUUUUCUGAAAAUUUCUCUCUACUUUCACUUCCAAUUUGUGUUUUCAUUUAGAUAUUUUCUUUUGACCUAAGACGAUGUAAUCAAUCUAAACUCUUAAUUUACAAUAGAAGUUUAAGUUUCCCAGUAAACUUUGGAUGUGUCAAUCCAAAAGAAUAUCAAUUAAAUGAGAAACUAAUUAAAGGCUGAAGUAUAUGUAGGUAUGUAAAGAUUCAUGCACAUACUUAUGUACACAUUUUAUUUUAUUAUUUUUUUCUUUGUACAAUUUAUUUUUUUAUUUUGGCUGCGUUGGGUCUUCGUUGCUGUGCAUGGGCUUUCUCUAGUUGCAGCGAGGGGGGCUACUUUUCAUUGUAGUACAUGGGCUUCUCACUGCAGUAUCUUCUCUUGUUGCAGAGCACGGGCUCUUGGCAUGUGGGCUUCAGUAGUUGUGGCAUGCUGGCCCAGUAGUUGUGGCUCGUGGGCUUAGUUGCUCCAUGGCAUGUGGGAUCUUCCUGGACCAGGGCUCGAACCCGUGUCCCCUGCAUUGGCAGGCAGGUUCUUAACCACUGUGUCACCAGGGAAGUCCCUGUACACAUUUCAGUAUGUAUAAAUAUUGCUCUUCUCUGUGUUAGGAACAAAAUUUGUCCUUGACUCUGGACUACAUUUUUACCAUCCUUACUUUAUACAUAGGAAGUUGGAGUCCCUCAUCCCUAUAGGUUUCUGUAUUUUGUUAAGUAAUUACCAGACCAUGCAUGGUAAAAUAAGCUGUUUAGAACCAAAGACUGGUUUUGUUUUCUGUUUUAUUCAGAGCAGAGGCUUAUGAUUACUAGUGAAUGAGCUUCUCAGGUGUUUCUCUUCUUCCUAGAAUGCAUUCAUUCAAGUUCCGGAGGGUAUUCUUCACUGGGGCCACAAGGUCAGGACUAAUAUACUAGAUAUCGCCCUUUCUUUCCACCAUUUUCUUACAGCAGACCUAUAGUGCUCCACAGGCUGGGCCAAUACCCUCAGCAGGAAUCCUGGUUCUUUUCUGGUGAAUGUAGGUAUGCAGAUUUUAAUUCCAAGAUAAUUAGUUGUAUUUUCCAGCACCGCCUCACUCACAAGGUAGUUAUCACAUCUAGUAGCACUUUCCUGGAAUGACAGAGUAUCCUCAACCCAGACUCUCUGGGGCUGACUCCCUGAGGGCAGGCUCACCACAUCCCGAGGAGUUCAGAAUUCUACUGUGGAGGGGCUUGUUUCUUUGUUUGCAAAAUAAUUCAUCUUCCAGGACCUGCACCCUUGUCCCUGGAGUGUUCGUGUUAAGGACCCUCUUUCUCAGUGGGGACCUCCUCCUCUCCUUACCUGUGUCCCCAGGUAUCAAAAGUAUGACCAGCCCGCAGAUGCUGAAAGCAAAAGUUUGUUUUGUCUAAGUAGGUGGAGGAAUUAUUCAAUUGCAAUUGUUUCACCUUUAGUAGACAAGUUUUAUUUUGCCAGUACAGCUUUUGUUGUUCAACUCUUUUAAACUGUUGAACUUUGUUACGCUCAGAAUUUCUGAGUUGGCUAUAGGGAAUUCAGUGAUGAUGCUGUCUCUCAUUAGAAGUUUAUGUCAUAGAAACUAGUGACCUUCAGUUGUUCAUUCAGUCUGCGUAUUUCUACUGGGCUUAUUUGUUUGUCCAUCUCUGCCUCGUGCUCAGAACGUAGAGCAGUGAGGCCCAGAUUAUGUCAGAGAGAAAUAGCCUGGUUUCCUUUACUUAUUCACAAUGUUUUGUUUUAAAUUUAAAUAACAACCAAAAAAAUUUAGGAACUUAUUUUUUACAUAGUGAUUUACUGGCCAUAGUUACUUUCCAUUUCAUCCUGAGGUUAAUAAAAUGGGAAGUAAAAGAAUGGCAAAGGGGUUUCACCUUAUUUUCUAUGAUUUUCAAGACUUGAGAUUUUUUUGUUUCUCAUUUCAACUUUCCUAGAGAGCAAAACUUGAGAGCUGUUUGUGGGCAAAAAUAAAACAAAGGUAAUUCUGAAUGUCAUAAAAGUGAAAAAAGAGAAGUGACGUUUCUGCUGACAAAAUGGCAAAGUGUAAGUUAAACCUAAAAAAAGCAUCAACCAGGGCUUCCCUGGAAUCAUCGUAUUUGCAAGAUGUUAAGCAGCCACAAAGAGCCAAGUGAGUCCAAAAAAUGUCCAUGUUGUCCUGCCCUGAAAUGGGCUCCCAAAGUGGUGAAGGAAGAUAGAAAGACAAAGGACGAAAAUUAUUUAACAUGUAAAUUAGAGAGCCCUCUCAUCGGUCAAUUGGUUACGAAGUCUGUAACCUAAAGCAGAGAUUUGAGAGAUCUAGGCUAAAUUGAAGCCCUUCCCUGCUACCUGAGCAAUUCACACACACACAUACACACACACAUGCAUGCACGCAUGCUCACUUCCUGGUUAACUUUGCCAAUUACAAUAUUGGAUUACCUUAAUAGUUCUCAAUUCUAUGCAAAUAGACUGUCAGUUGGCAACAGUUGUAUUCUCUGAAAUUCCUUUAUGUAUGUCUGUGUUCACUCUUACUACUGAGUCAAUGUGGAAGGGAUGCAAGUGCAGUCAUUAUUCAAAGGGACAUUGAGAAUUUUCUCCCAACUGUAAAGUCAAGCAACACGAUCUCAUACUGGGAAUGGAUUUGAAAAACUGACAACAUACUCUUAAGAAAGAGUUAAUGCACCUUCAAACAGGAGCUAUUUCCUCUGAUUCCCCUUGCAUUUCCACACCCAGAAUGGCAGGCUCUAAGCCUCCAAGAGUCCUACAGUAUGUAAAGCGAAUAAUGAUUCAGGAGGCUUGGCCAGCUGAGCAGCCUGGAGGCAAGGAACACAUUCUGACCCUUCUCUCCACACAGCUGCCUUAGCCCAAAGACAUGUCCUGCCUGAAGCUGGGAGUAUUUUCCCUCUCUAAGAUGCAAAGCUAAGGAAGCAGGCUUAGCCAAGUUAUUGGUGUCAGUUCUUUCCAGGAAAGAGCCUCUUUUAGCUCCGAAGAAAAUGCUAGUGGAAGAAGACAGACUUCUGCCUAGAACAGAAAGAAUCCUGCUCUGCAGACUUGGUCAAUGUCCUAGUCCAUCUUGGCCAGUAAGUGGCACUCUUCUUCCAUAAGUGUUUUAACAGCCUCCAGAGUAAAAUGGAUCCUGCUUUCCAGUUCAUUUUUGCUACAGCUGCUGUCACAAUAUUGUAACAAGAACAUCCCCUCAUUCCCAAAAAUAUUCAUCAGAAGAAAAACAAUAACCUCUUAUAUAGGAGUUUCUGAAAAGUCCAGAACUUUCACUCAACUUUUGCUUUGUACUCUUAAGGGGAAAUUGGUGGCCAGAACCACAAAGGAACAGGACACAGCUGUAUGAAUGGCUGGUGCAGGAAAAGGAGGAGUGAAUGAGGGGAGCAUACUGCGAAUUUCUACAUUGGAGAGGAAGUACAGGCAUACUUUGCUUUAUCGCACUUCACAGAUAAUUGCACUUUUUACUAAUUGACAGUUUAUGACAGCCCUACGUCAAGCAAGUCUAUCGGUGCCAUUUUCUAACAGCUUUUGCAUACUCCAUGUCUCUGUGUCACAUCACCUUAAUUUUCAGGAGUGUUCAAACCUUCACCGGCAGAAAAAUUCUGACUUGCUGAAGGCCCAGAUGACCAUUAGUAGUUUAUAACAAUAAAGUAUUUUUAAAAUUAA